AUGUAUAACCUACCUCCAUGGCUUUGCAUGAAGCAAAAAUAUAUGAUGCUUUUUGUGUUAAUCUCUAGUCCUAAACAACCUGAAAAUGACAUUGAUGUGUACUUGUCUCCUUUAAUUGAAGAUUUGAAGUUAUUGUGGGAUAAUGGCAUAGAAGUAUAUGACGAAUUUAGAGAUGAAAAUUUCACGGUGAAGGCAAUGUUGUAUGGAAUAAUUAAUGACUUUCCUACAUAUAGAAAUCUUUCUGGUUAUAGCAUCAAAGGUCACUGUGCAUGUCCAAUAUGUCAGGAAAAAAUAGAUUAUGUAAGACUAGACCAUUGUCACAAAAAUGUUUUCAUGGGACAUCGUAGGUGGUUGUCAAAAAAUCAUCCUUUCAGAAAAAUGAAAAAAGCUUUUAAUGGAAGUUGUGAAGAACGACGAUGUCCUUAUUUGAAGAGAGGAGAAGAAAUAUUUGAUGAGGUUAAACAUAUAAGAACAACAUUUGAAAAACUUUUUGCCAAACAAAUUUCAACUUGUGAUUGGUACAUUAUUAAACAUUGUGGAAAAAAAGAAGAUGACAUCAAUGCAAGACUUGACUUGGUGAAGUUGGGAAUACGAUUUGAUUUGGCUCCAGUGAAGAAAGGAAAGCGGACCUUUUUAUCGCCAACAGCAUGUACCUUGCUAGAUAUGAGAAACAUGCUUUAUACUAUUCACUUGGUGGAAGAGACAAAAUUGUGUGGCCCUGCAUAUAUGCAAUGGAUGUAUCCCGUUGAAAGAUAUAUGAAGAUUUUAAAAGGGUAUGUUAAGAAUAGAAGCAGACCAGAGAUUUGUAUUGCUAAACGAUAUUUAGUGGAAGAAGCAGUGAAAUUUUGCAAUGAAUAUCUGUCAAAUGUUGAAUCAUGUGGCAUUCCAAAAUCACGUCACACAGGAAAGACUUUAGGGGAAGGUAGCAGUGGUUGUCAACAAAUAGAGGUCCCUAGACUGCAUUGGGAACAAGCACACUUGUAUGUAUUACAAAACACUCCUAAAAUUGAACCAUAUAUAAGCUUGCACAAAGAGACAUUGAAGCGUAGAAAUCCUUCCAGAUGUGAGAAUUGGAUAACAAAAGAACAUAACCAGCGAUUCCUUGGAUGGCUACAAGAAUAUGUUGGUGAACAGUUGAAACAGAAUAACAAUUCAGUAGCAGAAAUGAUUCAAUGGUUGUCAAAAGGUCCUUGUAUUGAUGCCUUUUCAUACACUUCGUACUUAGUCAAUGGUUUCACAUUUUACACAAAACAGCAUGACGACCAAAGCACAAUGCAGAAUAGUGGGGUCACUCUGGUUGCUGAAUCAUUGCAUAUCUCCAAUGCAAAGGAUAAAAAUCCAAUAUAUGCAAAUAUGUCAUACUUUGGAGUCAAUGAACAUAUAUGGGAGUUGGAUUACACUAACUUUCGUGUAGCAAUCUUUGGAUGCAAGUGGGUAGACAACAAUAGUGGUGUUCGAAUUGAUGAUAUGGGCUUUAUAAGGGUCGAUUUUAAAAAGGUCGAUUACCAAGAUGAUUCGUUUAUCCUUGCAUCACAGGCUCGACAGGUGUUCUAUGUCGAAGAUCCUGUUAACAAGUCAUGGUCAAUUGUCCUAAUGUCUAAUAAAAUAAAUGCUUUCACCGAUGGAGAAUUAACAGAAGAAGAAGUUAAUAUGGAAAAUGAUCCUUUAAGAAGUGUUAAACACAUGUCAAUUGUUGAUACAUUAACAGAUGACGAGGAUAUUUAUGCAAGACAUAAUCAUGAAGAGGGCAUUUGGUUGAAUCCGUCAUUUCAUUCAAUAAAAGGACAUAGGAAACUUAAGAUGACUUCUUCAGAUAACAUGGACGGGAGUACCCCUCAUCAAUCCACUGAGGCAAAUAAGAAGGGUAGAGGGAUUACCAAAUUUAAGUCCAUUAGCAAAUCAAGAAAGUUAGGACAAAAGUUACAGGUUGGCUGGAAUGGAAAAGGUCAACUGAUAGACCCUAACAGAUCAAAAUUUGCACAUUUCAUUGGCUUUGUUACUAGGAGUACAGUGCCAAUCAGUUAUUCUGAUUGGACAAAUGUCCCUACUAAUGUUAAAGAACACAUUUGGGAGCAAGUUGAGCAAACUUUUGAAGUGGAUGAUGUUCACAAAGAUUUUGUUCUUUUUUUAGCAGGACGAGACCUUUGUGCAUUCCAAACACGUUUGAGAAAACAUAUCUAUGACAAAGAUAGAAAUUAUGUCCCCCAUCCUCCGGAUAAGUAUCAGAGAUUCAUCACAAUCACUGAUCACUAG